AUGGCUUUGUUUGGACCUUUCAAGUUGAUGUUCGAAGAUGCUUUGGAUGAAGGGGCUUCAUCGUCUCUAGAUUCAGGGAAUUGGGAGUUAUCAGAUCCUUUAGACUCAGUUAGUGAAUGUUCUGUAAAACAGGGAGAAUGGGAGCUUCAAGAAGUUUUAAAUGAAACAUGUGAUGCACUGGAUCUCUUUCUCAACAACAAGUUUAAUGAUGCUCUCAGGAUAAUAUCCUCCAGAGCACACGCCAGUAUUUAUCAUGGAGUAGGCCGUGGAACGAUUCUCUUUAUACAGGCAAUAAUGACAAUGGAAAUGAGUGAUAUUGAGCUGGCUAUGGGUGCAUUAAAACAGGCUGUUAAAGUUUCUCAGAUGUACAGAAGAAAAGUGUCGACAGUGUCUCGGAUCCUUCAUCACCAGGACUACAAUUCUUACACUGAAGUUGAAGUCCAUGCUGAACUAACCUAUGCAGAAUGUCUACUGAUGAAUGCUAUUUUGACGUUUGUUUAUGACCAAAGUUUACUCACCUUUGUUAAAGGAGGAAUUCGAAUUCGGUCGUGUUAUCAGUCUUACAAGUAA